ACCAAAGAGAACUUCAUAUCAGAAUAGUUAGAUAUUAAUUUAUAAGCACUUUUAAAAUUCUCAUUUGAAUAAGUAGCCUCCAAAUUAUAUUGGGAAGAAAAGAGGGCAAUUGGACAUCCUAAUGUAGCAUACUCUCUUAUCAAAGCUGGUAAGGUCUGUAUAGGAGAAUAACUUAGUCGUACCUAACAUUCAGAGAAGGUGGAUCUGAUCAAUACAACAGCCAGGAACUAACACAUACAAGACACUGGUGGGAGAUGGGGAAAUUCUAGGACUUUUCUAGAAGUGCUUUACAAUCUAAAGCGAAAAGAUGGUAAUAAAAAUCAUGCACAGAAUUUCUUGAUGGAAAUGGGCACUAGUAGAGCACUGAGUUUCAACACUGCUGCUAUAUCUGAAUUACUCAAAUUUGUGAGACUUAAUGUAGCCCUAAGAAUACCACUAGAAUCCCUGUCUACAACAGGACAGUUGUGAUGGCUCAGGGAUAUGCCAUCACAAGGUGAAUAACAACCCAUCUCCCAAGUCUCAGCGUCUACUUGUCUCUUAAGAACACUUUAUGAAGAACCCAGAAAAAUAAGGAAAGAGGGAAGAAUUUAACUUUGGACAACACAGGAUAACAAAGCAGUACAAAGUUGAAUAAUAAAGGACGAAUUUGGAACUGAAAAGAAUUAGAAAAUUUUCAGAGGUUGACUAUUUCUAUUCUGUGGUUUCCUCACAUCAGCUGAAACAAUGCAGCAAAAUAGCAGUGUGACUGAAUUCCUACUGUUAGGAUUAACACAAGAUCCCUUGAAGCAGAAAAUAGUGUUUGUAAUCUUCUUAAUUUUCUAUUUGGGAACUGUGGUGGGGAAUAUGCUCAUUAUUGUGACCAUCAAGUCCAGCCGGACACUAGGAAGUCGCAUGUACUUCUUCCUAUUUUAUUUGUCCUUUGCUGAUUCUUGCUUUUCAAACUCCACAGCCCCUAGAUUAAUUGUGGAUGCUGUCUCUGAAAAGAAAAUUAUAUCCUACAAUGAGUGCAUGACACAAGUCUUUGCACUACAUUUAUUUGGCUGCAUGGAGAUCUUUGUCCUCAUCCUCAUGGCUGUUGAUCGCUAUGUGGCCACCUGUAAGCCCUUGCGUUACCUAACCAUCAUGAGCCAGCAGGUCUGCAUCAUCCUGAUUGUUAUUGCCUGGAUAGGGUCUUUUAUACACUCUACAGCUCAGAUCAUCCUGGCCUUAAUAUUGCCUUUCUGUAGACCCUAUUUGAUUGAUCAUUAUUGCUGUGAUUUGCAGCCCUUGUUGAAACUUGCCUGCAUGGACACUUACAUGAUCAACCUGCUGUUGGUGUCUAACAGUGGGGCAAUUUGCUCAAGUAGUUUCAUGAUUUUGAUAAUUUCAUAUAUUAACAUCUUGCACUCACUGAGAAACCACAGUGCCAAAGGGAGGAAAAGGGCUCUCUCCGCUUGCACUUCUCACUUAAUUGUAGUCAUCUUAUUCUUUGGUCCAUGUAUAUUCAUAUAUACAUGCCCCCCAACCACUUUCCCCAUGGACAAGAUGGUGGCAGUAUUUUAUGCUAUUGGAACACCCUUUCUCAAUCCACUCAUCUACACAGUGAGGAAUGCAGAAGUGAAAAAUGCCAUGAGAAAGUUAUGGCAUGGCAAAAUUAUUUCAGAAAACAAAGGACAAAUUGAGGGCCUGACCUGAUUACUUUUUCAGUCAAAUUAUUAUUUAACUGAGUAAGUAUAGAUAUCAAAUAGGAAAGUACCUGAAUGUUGUGGGAAUAAUAUAUCAUCAUAUCUAAGUUUGUGGGUUUCUAUGUUUUCUAGUUAACAGGAGUUGUGACUACCAAGACAUUGUCUUUUGUGCCAGAACUAGGUAGAGUAUAGAUUAAUUCAGGUGAUUACCGACCAGUAGUCUUUUCUUUUCAGAUUAUCUUCUUUUCCAGCCACGCAUUUUCUAAAGUGUAAGCCUGACUAUCUCUAUGCACUCUAAUCUAAUGCAUCUGAUUUUCUUACUUCUUUCCUGUGCUUUUGACCACAGACUGAUAAACUCCCUGAAAUCUUCAAUUUGGCUCUUCCUUUUCCUAAGAGCUGAAUUCUGCCAUUGCUGGUUGUGAACUACACAACACAACUCUGUCUACACUCUGGUUUAAUAAAAAGAAAGAUAUUUAUACAAUCACAACUGUUCAAAUUUGUGAGCACCAACAAAGAAAUGUCAAAUUCCUUCCAUAAUGCAUUUGCAAUAAGGUAUCAAGUUUCCUCCUGAACACUUCUAGGACAAAGGAACUAACUCAGUAUAUCAAGAUGACCAUUUACAUUUUAUCACUACCUUGUAUUUAAAAAGUUCUGUAUUUUUGAGUCAGAGGCUAAUAUACUGGAGAUACAACAUAUUUCCUGAGCCUGAAGUGCAGAAGGGUAGAACAUGGUUGAAACCAAAAAUGGUAUGAUCUAUUGUGUUUAAAGUUGGGUGAUGUCAGUGAAAUAAAUAAAAUUAUCACAGGAAUUCAGAAAACACUCAGGACACUUGUCUCUAGUGGGUUCUCCCUAAACAGGGAACCCACUACUGCUAUAGGAAGUUACCUCUCUAUUUAUUCUGUCCUAAUAAUUGGGGCUGCAUAGAUUCACAAGUUAGAAUUGGCAAUGGAAUUUUCAUGCCCAGAGUGAGGACAGCAGAUAAAAAGCGGCAUUUUCGAUAUUCAUAUUAUGGACUUUUAAUAUUCAUCUGUUUCAGUGUAAUAAGUGUACCACAUCUUUAAUAACUGUUGACA